AUGGUUCCUGUGCAUUUUAGGGAGGUGCAUGGCACACUAUCCGGUGCGAAUGUGGUCGGCAGCGUGGGCGACCGCGGGGCCUCGGGCAAAGUCACGUUUGUAAUAAUCAAAUCAGGAGCAGAUCUCAACAUCCGCUACCAAGUCACAGUCAGCCAGCUCAGCACGCCAGAAAAGCCCACGUCAGCAUCCCUCCACGUGGCAGCCGCCACAAAAAACGGUCUAUCCAUCCUCGACCUCAACUCGUCCACGUGGAUCCCUGCUGGCACUGCUGACAAGGCGUGGGGCAACAUGGGAAAACUUUUUGGACGGGGGAAGGGAAGGGGAAACGGGAAGGGGAAGGGGAAGGGGAAAACGGGGGCGGGCGCGGGGAAUGGAUUUGCGCUUCAGGGCGUGUUCAAGCAGGCGAGCAAGAAGAGGAUUCCGACAGGAGAGUCGCUGAAAUUACUGUUUUCAAUGAUCAUGCGGAUGCCCUCGUCCUUCUACGUGCUCGUCACCACGCCCGCCUUCCCCAAGGGCGCCCUCACAGCCCAGCUCGAGGCGUCCCUUUUCACUAAGCUCGCAGGCUGCAGCAGGGGGUUUGGGUGCUAG